UACUUUCCUUUACUCAUAGCCUCAGACUUAAAAAAAAAAACUCGCUUUUUCCUGAAUACUCUCUUUAUUUCUCUUCUCUGUUUUCAGAGAAUCCAAUUCAAAUCCUGUGCUAUAAUUGUCUCAAAGAAUUCAAUCUCUGUUAUCAUUUCUUCUCUUAAUAAUCUCUAUUUCUUCUUUCAUGGCAGCUUUUCAGCAAUACCCUGCUUUUCUUGUUGACUCUGUUUUCUUGCCUAAUGUGUCCGCCAUUAAAACGCCUGGAGCUUUUGAUGACUUUAUUCCUAACUUAAAUCACUUUUACUCUUCAUCACAGAAUUCCCAACACCCUUCGAUAAUUCAUAAUCAAGAGGGUUCUUCUGUUGAUGCAAGUAGCUGUCUUGAGCAAUUAAGUUUUAACGAACGUUCUUCCAUGGAAGAUAAACAGAGGAAUGAAAGCUUAUCAAUGGCGGAUAAAGCUGAUAGCUCUGAACAAUUGACUCAAACAUGUUCUCAUGUUGAUAAAAAGAGGAAAACUAGAAAAGGGUCUUCUUCUACUUCUGCUAAUUCUAAGGAGAUCAAACAAGUGAAGAACAAGAAACAAAAGAAGGACAAAAUCGUAACAAAAGAUGAUGAAAAUGAGAAGAUAACAACUCCUAAAGAAGAACCUCCAAAGGGUUACAUUCAUGUUAGAGCACGGAGAGGUCAAGCAACAGAUAGUCACAGCCUUGCUGAAAGGGUAAGAAGAGAGAAAAUUAGUGAAAGGAUGAAGAUGUUACAAGCUAUUGUUCCUGGUUGUGACAAGGUCACUGGCAAGGCCCUCAUGUUGGAUGAAAUUAUCAAUUAUGUCCAAUCCUUACAAAAUCAAGUUGAGUUUUUGUCAAUGAAACUUGCUUCUCUGGACCCCAUGAUCUAUAAUUUUGGACUAAUGGAUCAUGAUCCUAUGCUCUUUGGAACUCCUCAGGUCAUAAAUAAUGUGAUGGCGUUACCAAUUGCCUUAACGCAACCAAACAAUGGCGGAUCUAGCAUUGAUCCGCCUCAAAGUUUUGCGAAUACAACUUCAAUGAGUUGCUCCACCGCGAGCUCGGCCACAACUUCCACCUUCCCUGGUUCUAUUGUUGAUAGCUCACCUAACUUAGGUGUAUUUGAUCAACAAGAGCAGAAACCAUGUUUGCUUCCUUUACAGGAUGCUGGAAGCUUAUAUUGGGGAUUAAAUGAACAACAACGACAAAACAUUAUUAAUCAAUUUGGAUCCAACUUGUAUUCUCUUCAUUAGAAUAUCAUCAUUCUACAAAAAUUAGCAAUAAGUGGCAGAAUAAUACAAUAAAUUCAAAAAUGAGAAUUUAAAGGGGCUUUAUGUCAGCUCAAAUUGUAGAAAUUCCUAAUUCUUGUUGCUUCCCAAAUGGGUGUAAUUCUUUAAAUAAUAUUCAGAAAUUUUAGAAAAAAAGAUUGGUUAUUGUUAAAGAUGGACAAAAUCAGUGGAGGCUAAACAAGUAGAGGGGGAGGAGAACAUAAAGGACAGAGCAUACCCUAGAAAAUAAGGACCCCCCAAUAUCUUUUGAAGAUCCUUGGGUUAUGUUCCUAUUUGACUACCAGUUCUGUCACUAGUAGUUUAGUUUUAGAAAGCUGUAGCGGUUAGGACCUAGCUACAUUUCGACAAAUAUUAAAGCAAUGGAAAUUUGUGUAUUCAGUGUAUCUACUUUUCCUUACUAUUCCUCUCAUUAAUUUAGAGUGCUUUUUUAUUUUAUUUUAUUUUAUAUACUAUUUUUUUGUGGGGUA